AAUGAACAAGCCCAAGAGUGAAAUGACACCUGAGGAACUUGCUCAGAGGGAGCAAGAAGAGUUUAAUACUGGUCCUCUUUCCGUCUUAACGCAAUCUGUGAAGAAUAACACUCAAGUCCUGAUCAACUGUCGAAACAACAAGAAGCUGCUAGCUAGAGUGAAAGCUUUCGAUAGGCACUGUAACAUGGUCUUAGAAAACGUGAAAGAAAUGUGGACUGAAACACCCAAAUCAGGAAAAGGGAAAAAGGCAAAACCAGUUAAUAAGGACAGAUACAUUGCCAAAAUGUUUCUUCGAGGAGAUUCUGUUAUCUUAGUGUUGAGGAAUCCAAUGGCAGCUGGAAAGUAAAGUAUGAUUCAUUCUUGUAUCAUAUUUUGUAAAAAGGAACUCUGAUGUCAGUUUGAACGUUUCUCUUCCGAGUUGGCAACUGUUAAAAACACCUACAGCCACCAUCACCUGGAUUUUUUUCUGCAAAUGUCUUUUAUACGCAUGCAUCAAGGAGUUGGUGUGUAUGAAUUGUGAUAAAUAAAGUGCUAAACGAGCUAUACUCUUCUUAGUGAUUUCUGUAAACAAACAAUGUGAAUAGCAAGUGCAAAGAAGCUGAAACUCUCUAUGUGAGGGCUGUAGGUAAUGACACCACAGGCUGCUAGUCCUUUAGUCAUCCUUUAGGUGUUAUUUGUAAAGUUUCAGUCACUUGUCAAACUUUCUUGGGAGCAACUACAGAUACAGGACCACUUGUGAAGAAGUGGCCCAGUAUUCUGUAGUUUAGCCUUUUCCUGAGAUAGAAGCCUGGAAUAUGGCAGUGUCGAUAUGUGAAUUGCAGUAACAUUAUUUCAAGAUUCAAGAGGCUUACGUUAACAGCUUGGAUGUUGGCUGCUGUU